CUUGCCUAUUGUUCCAGGCUUCCAGCUAUUUUGGAGUUCGAACACCUACGCUCGCUGUGAACUUUUACUGUUUCAUAGGACUCACGGUGGUGCCUCUCUCCUUUGCCUGGUUUUCUGUCUCCUCCGGCUCUCAACUGUUAGCUUAAAUAAUUGAGAAAGGAUAGAGAGGGAGAGAUGGCCGCAAGUACUAAACCAUUCAAGAUAAUAUUGGGAUCAUCAUCUGUGGCUCGUCGGCAAAUUCUAGCUGAGAUGGGAUAUGAGUUUACAGUCAUGACUGCAGAUAUAAAUGAGAAAAGUAUUCGGAAGGAAAAGCCAGAAGAAUUGGUGAUGACACUAGCUGAGGCAAAGGCAGAUGCCAUCUUAGCAAAGCUUCAAACCAUUGAUUAUCAAGACAAGGAUGCUGACACAACACUUCUACUCACUGCUGACACAGCAGAGGCCAUCACUUCAAGGCUACAGACUUCAGAUUAUAAAGAGAAUGAUGCUGAGGCAAUACUGUUAAUGACUGCUGACCAAGUGGUGGUCUAUGAAGGGAAAGUUAGAGAAAAGCCAUCAAGCAAGGAAGAAGCACGUCAAUUUAUCAAAGACUAUUCUGGUGGGCAUACUGCAACAUUUGGAUCUGUGCUUGUUAUUAACCUUAAGACAGGUACGAGAAAAGGAGGCUGGGACAAAGCAGAGAUUUAUUUCCAUGAAAUUCCGGAUGAAGUCAUGGAUAAUCUGCUCGAGGAGGGGAUUGUGCUGAGAGUUGCAGGGGGGCUGAUAGUGGAACACCCGUUGAUAUUACCCUUGGUUGAAGCAGUGGUAGGGACUACAGAUAGUGUGAUGGGUCUCCCGAAGGCUCUAACGGAGAAACUCAUACAAGAGGCCCUGUAGCUGCUGCAGUUGUAUUUGACAUAUCUCUUGAUUUAUCUGUGGUGGAGUUGAACCUGUAAACUAAAACUUCGGCUAUGAGUAUUCAUUGAAAUUAAGGAAUCAAUCCUUGCCGAUUUUGAUCCGAUCCUAAAAUCGGCUGCUCUGGAACAUCCAGAAUCGGGAUCGGUAACGGUCAAUUCUUAUCUGAUUCCAAAUUUUGAAAUAGUGGUCUAAUUGGACCAUUUAAUUGUGUUAAACCAUCAUGCCACAAACUUAUUUGAUGCAAAGUCACUAUGUUUAAUUGGAAACUGAUUACCUCACCUCA